UUACCUAUCAAAAGGGUAAUCCCGUAAAUCACACACAACCUCACUUCUUCUAUACUUGUGUUACAUACACAAGGGGAUAAGAUCCAAACAUCAUUACUCCACCUCACGGCAUUCAUUUCGCCGGAAAACAAAAAUGACUUUCUAAAACGACGCCGUCAUGGUAGAACAACAACAACUCGCCGGAACCCUAACCCUAACCCUCAGCCAACAACAACAACAAACCACCGAUCAAAUCCACUCCCUAAUCUCCCUCUCCCACCAAAUCAAACCCUUCUCCUCCAAAUGGAAAACAAUCCGCCACAAACUCGACCAAAUCCUCUCCAUUUUCACCUCUCUCCCGCCGGAAUUCCACCUUUCCGGCCACCCCAUGACGUCACUUUCCGACACCCUCCAAUUCAUCCAACAAACCACUUCUUCUUGCACCACUUUAGCCCACAAAUGCCUCGAUCAUUCCUACACCGGCAAACUCCUGAUGCAGAGUGAUCUCGACAUUAUUAUUUCCAAAUUCGACAAUUACGUUAACACUUUAACCGAAUUUGUAACCGCCGAUGAGUUUUCGUUGCGUGCGAGUCACGCAAUUGUGGUUUCUAGACCUGGGGUUUCAGCAUCUAGAGAUGAUAUCAAAUUUUACGUUAAUGAUUUGUUGUGUAGGUUUAAAAUUGGAACAAUUGAGAUGAAGAAACAAGCUCUAGUAACCUUUAAUGAGGUGAGUCAAGAGGAUGAAAAAUAUGUGAAAAUUGGUAUGGAGAUUGAUGGGUUUGUUAAUGUUUUGCUCAAGUUUUUGGGGGUGAAAGAUGUUGGGGUUCAAGAAGAGGCGUUGAAAGCGGUUGCGGUUAUUUGUGGAUUCGAGUGUUACAAGAGUGUUUUGGUAGGAAUGGGGGUUGUGGGGUUGUUGGUUAGGGGUUUGGAGAGUGGUAGUGAGUUGGGGAAAGAGUUGUCCGCCAGGUGUUUGAUGAAAUGCACGGCGGGUUGUGAUAACGUUUGGGCGGUUUCCGCGUGUGGUGGGGUGGGUGUGUUGUUGAAGAUCUGCGAAAGCGGUUGUGACGGUGAUGGUGGUGGUGGGGAGUUGGUUGGUUUGGCGUGUGGGGUGUUGAGAAAUCUUGUUGGUGUUGAUGAGAUACGGCGGUUUGUGAUCGAUGAAGGCGCGGUUGAGUUGUGUGUUAAGCUUGUUAGAUCAAAAAACGAGUGUUCGCAGAUAAGUGCGAUGGAGUUUCUUCAGGUUUUGGCAUCUGGGAACGAGUUUGUAAAGGGUUUGAUUGUUAACGAAGGCGGGAUUCGUGUGCUUGUGCGCGUGGUUGAUCGUAAGUCGUCGUAUUCGUCUAAAGCGCGGGAGAAAUCAAUACGGGCGCUCAUGGUUUUGUGUUCGGAUUCAGCUGGGUACAUGAACAGUUUGAAAAACUAUGGGUUUAUGGAUCACAUACUGUACUUGCUUCACAAUGGUGAGGUUUCGGUUCAAGAAUCCGCGUUAAUGGCUGCAUCUUGGCUUUCCGCAACUUCGGAUGAGUUCAAGAAAGCAAUGGGUGAUGCGGGGUAUAUCGCGGAACUUGUUAGGUUUCUCGACGCCAAGUCAUUUGAGGCUCGAGAGAUUGCAGCAGAGACGCUUCUGCGGCUGCUGACAGUUCCCAGGAAUCAAAAACGAUUCGUGCAGACCGAUCAGAAUGUGAAUCUGCUUCUGCAAAUGAUCGAUCCGGAAGAAGGUAAUUCGGGUAACAGAAAAGUUUUACUUUCGAUAAUCAUGUCAUUAACUUUUUGUCAUGAAGGUAGGAAGAAAAUAUUAAGCUCUGGGUACUUGAAAAACAUAGAAAAACUUGCUGAGGAUCAAGUUUUAGAUGCCAAAAAGAUCAUUAGAAACCUCUCAUCGAGUCGAAUUCGAAGCAUAAUUAGGGGAAUUUGGCAUUCUUGAAGUGUAAGUGUAAUUCACUUGUUAAUUGCAUGUAAAUCUUGAUUUUGUUUAAAAGAAAACAAUGAAUAUUAGAUCCUUUGUGUUUAGUUUGUACCCAUUCUUAGAUAUCCAAAUAAAAGUAGGCAAUGCUAUCAAUUCCUGAUUUUGCUCAUGUCUGUUUUCUAUUUUCAAAUAUAUAUUGUACACUGAAUAUAA